AUGAUUAGCCACUUCGUCGUGCACUUCUGUAUUUUGGGUUCUCUUUACGGCAUAUCCCAGGCCUGGGAUGUUAAAAUGCCAAAACAUAUCAAGGGAUUGUUGGGCUCCUGCCUCACCAUCCCUUGCAGCUUUGACUAUUAUUGGAAUCCACCUAGAAGACCCGAUCGAGUGGUUUGGUACCAGUAUGUAAGCAGGGGAUAUCCUUUGGUCUAUGACAAAUGGUACCCAAAUGAUGUCAUACCCUUAUAUAAAGGAAGAACCAGCGUAUUAGGAUAUCGGAAAUCUUGCAGCCUUAAGAUUGAAACUGUGAAAUGGAAUGACCACAGACAGAAGCUUUAUCCUUGGGUGGAUCCAGAAAAUGUUGGCAGAAGCACAUAUGCAUUCUAUGAGACAACUGUGACGAUUGAAGUAAUUGACUCACCAAAGGCACCAGAGAUUACGAUCACCGGUGAAAGAAAAGCUGGAAAUACUGUAACUGUAAAAUGUUCUGCUGAACACACAUGCUUCACCAAUCGCCCGAAUCUUUACUUGAACAUCCCACUGAGAAAUGAAUAUUUAACUCACAAUGCGAUGUCUGAUGGCACUAUUAUAACCUCUUUAACAACAGAUUUAGUCUUAGAUAGAGACUACCAAGUUGUGGAGUGCACUGUCUGGCACCCAGGUGGUAAAAGAGCAGAAACUUCUGAAACCCUUUAUGCAGAAUGUUCUUUUUCAUCAUUGACUAUCAGGUCCUCAUCAAGUGAAUAUCUUGAAGGAGUUGCAAGCACGGUAACGUGUUCUGUUUCAUACACUUGCUCUAACAAUAAACCGACGUUUACUUGGAACUAUGCUAACAUGCCAGCUACCAGCAAUACUUACAAAGAUGGUACUUGGUGGAAAACUACUUCUACACUGACAUUCACACCAUCAGCCAAAGACCAUGGAAAUCAUCUGAGAUGUUCUGCACAUUUUCCUGGUCGAUCAACCCAGGAUAGGAGUAUCCCCAUAUUGGUAAAAAAAAUCAAAAUGAAUGAAUUACCAGGAGAGUUGACAGAGGGUGUGGAAAAGAGUGUGAUUUGUUCUGUGUCCUACAAGUGCAAAAAAAGUAGACCGACAAUUGAAUGGAACUAUUCAGACAUGCAGAGUGAAAUUGCUCUUGUGCGCUCUGAGAACUACGGCUCAGCCCGUGCCCGCUUUAACGACUUCUACAAAGCGUUUGACUCCGUGGAGCAUCCGUUUAUUCUUUCGACUAUUAAACACUUUGGAUUCGGUGUCAAGUUUAGAGAAUUUAUCCGUGGACUGUAUCGAGAUAUUAGCAGUUGUGUCCUACGGCGCAGUGGCACCACCCCAAGCUUCAAGGUUAAUGUGGGUAUUCCUCAGGGCUGCCCCAUCUCACCAUACCUGUUUAUCUGA